AUGGAGUUUAUCGAAUCAAAGGACAAUUACGCAGUUUCAUAUUGUUUCCCAACUCACAAUUUCUCCUGUGUGAAGGUUGUUAGAUCAAAACCAGAGUACAUGUUGAUGUAUAUAUUUUUUUCUUUAUUGUCAUUUUUUACUGUGUCGAUGAAUCUGCUGGUGAUCAUAUCCAUUUGUCAUUUCAAACAGCUUCACACUCCUACUAACCUGCUUAUUCUGUCUUUGUCUGUGUCUGAUUUCAUGGUUGGACUGAUUGUUAUCCCUAUCGAAAGCAUUAGGCUCAUAGAGUCAUGCUGGUAUUUUGGGAAGACAUUUUGUUCUAUUUUCCAGGCCACUGUAUUUACCGUUAUCUUUGUCUCUCUGUACAAUCUGGUGUUGAUCGCUGUUGAUCGGUACUACGCUGUGUGUGAGCCUUUGCUCUACUGCUCCAGAAUGACCAUGACCAAAACCAUGAUGUUAAUCAUCCUCAUGUGGUCGUACUCCAUCGUAUACAACCUGACUCUUCUUUACUGCAAUGCAAACUUGUACCGCACCCCCCAGGAAGACCACAUUUGUCACGGGGACUGCACGAUGCUUGUCAGCUUCACCUGGGGUGUCAUUGACCUCAUGGUGUCAUUCAUCGGGCCGUGCUCUGUUAUCCUCGGCAUGUACGUGCACAUUUUAAAAGUGGCUCGGAGGCAGGAGAAGGCCAUUAACAGGGCUGCGGGUCGGUUCAAAGACUCCAAAGUCGUGGACACGGAGUCGUCACAGACCAAGACGUCCGAGAGGAAGGGCACCAAAACACUGGCGAUUGUCCUUUUUGUGUUCAUGACCUGUUGGAUCACCCACUACGCCUGUGUGCUCUCGGAAGAGCUCAUAUCAAACCCCUCGCUUGUCAUCGCCUUCCUCGUCUGGAUCCUCUACAUCAACUCUUUCCUGAACCCCAUCAUCUACGCUUUUCGCUACACAUGGUUCAGGGUUUCUAUUAGGCACAUACUCUCGCUCAGGGUUUUUGAUUCUUCAUCAGCUUACAUUAAUAUCACUGCACAAAAGUGA